AUCACACACCCCAUCGUUAGCUUAUGCGAGUGUGGGAAAUUACCGACGUGUCCUCCAAACCCUCCAAAUGUUUUUUUUAUUUUUUUUAAAAAGAUUAUAUAACAGCAAUCAAGUAAUUUCUCACAUUAUGUUUUUAUCCACCCAUAUUAACUAUCAAGCAAACUCUUUCUUAGCUAACACCUAUUUCUUAAGAACUAUCAGCUAGCAUUAGUGGUCGGGUCUUGUCCUCCUCCGUGGAGACUGGUAUUCGAGCUUCAUGAGAGGCGGGAUAUGGGGUUUCAGAGUUUCUGUUGACUAACAUCUCAUCAACCUCCGUUAACUAUUAAAAAAAAAAAAAACCUCUUUCUCCAACUUCUACGCCAAAAGGCCAUGAUUAGCAAAAUGGAACAUGCAUUGAUUCAGGCGAAAAGGUCAUGAGUGUUGAAUCAUAGUGAUCCACGGUCCAAUUUCGGUCUCUCUGGUAGUAUUAUUCACAACAUUGAUCCCUUUCCUGAUCUCGUCCGUCCGAUCAAACACCAUGGUCACGAUCGAAGAAGCGACCAUCAGCGAAAUUCAGCAGGCAUUCGCCGAGAACAAGCUCACAUCGAGACAGCUCGUUGACUUCUACCUGACUCGAAUCGAGGGGCUCAAUCCGGUGCUUCGCGGCGUAGUGGAGGUGAAUCCGGACGCGCGGGAUCUGGCGGAUGAGGCAGACCGGGAGAGGGCGAGCAAUCGGGGCCGUCUGGGAGAGCUGCACGGGAUUCCGGUGCUGCUCAAGGACACCAUAGGUACCAAGGACAAGCUGAACACGACGGCUGGGUCCCACGCUUUGCUGGGGUCGGCGGUGGGUAGGGAUGCAGGGGUUGUGGAGAGGCUCAGAAAGGCUGGGGCGGUGGUGCUGGGGAAGGCUAGUAUGAGCGAGUGGUACCGGAUUCGUUCUCUCGACGGUGUUCCCAACGGUUGGUGUGCCAGAACCGGACAAGGAGUGAAUCCUUAUGUACCAUCACAGACCCCUUGUGGGUCAAGCAGUGGAUCUGCAAUAUCAGUAGCUGCUAACAUGGUAGCAGUCUCAUUAGGGACCGAGACCCACAGCUCCAUUAUUUGCCCAUCUGAUCACAACUCCGUUGUUGGACUCAAACCAACCGUUGGGCUUACCAGUCGAGCUGGAGUUAUUCCGUGUGCGCCCCGUUGGGACACUAUUGGGCCCAUUGGUAGGACCGUAGCAGACGCUGUUUGUGUGCUUGAUGUGAUAGCAGGAUUUGAUCCAAGGGAUGACGAAGCAACAAGAGAAGUAUGUAAGUUCAUUCCUGACGGUGGUUAUAAACAGUUUCUCAAUCAGGAAGGACUUAAAGGAAAGAGAUUGGGUGUUGUCAGAAGUCCAUUUGUUGAUAACCUUCAUGAUUCACUCACAGCUAAAACUUUUGAGGAUCAUCUCAAUUCAUUGAGAGAAAGAGGUGCAAUUGUAGUGGACAAUCUGCACAUCGCAAACAUUGACAAAAUUCUGAAUCCCGCCCAUAGUGGGGAACUAAUGGUGAUGGUAGCUGAUUUCAAGACAUCCAUAAAUGCUUACUUGAAAGAGCUGAUCAAUUCUCCAGUGAGGUCACUAUCAGACAUUAUUGCCUUCAACGAGAACAACCCUGAACUGGAAAAGCUUGCGGAGUAUGGUCAGCAAACUUUCAUUGAAGCAGAAGGGACAAGUGGGAUUGGGGAGAAAGAGAGGGAGGCGUUGGAGAUGAUGGAAAAACUUUCGAAAGAGGGGUUUGAAAAAAUAAUGAAAGAGAAUGAGUUAGAUGCAAUGGUGACACCUGGUUCACGUGCUUCCCCAAUCUUCGCAAUUGGAGGGUACCCUGCGAUAACUGUUCCAGCUGGGUAUGAUACUGAUGGGAUGCCAUUUGGCAUCUGCUUUGGAGGGUUGAGAGGCACGGAACCAAAGCUGAUUGAAAUUGCUUAUGGCUUUGAAAAAGCUACCAAUGUUCGAAGGCCUCCUUUCUCCAUGUUGUCGGAAUUUGUCAAGAAAGUAUCUCUCUAAAUUUGGACCUUGGUGCCAAUUUUCUAGUUACUGAUAGCUGUGCUGAGGGAAGUCUGUAUCUUUGUUUGAAGAAACUCAAGAAUAAACACACUUGGUUCAUUUCUUUUGUUUCAUGAUUUCAACAUAGCAGAUACUACAUCCUGUUCUUGCACCAAGAGGUUAUCCUGAGAGUUAGUGUCCAUGCUGGAUUUGGCAACAAGGUGUGAAAUUUGCCAUCUUGUUUGGAAGGUUGAAGGUUCAGAGCCAAAACUGGUUGAGAUCGAGUAUAGGUUUGAGCAAGGUACUAAGAGUAGGCUGUAUCAAGUACUCAAGAUCUAUACUUUGCUGAGUUUGCUCAAUGUUUUAAUCUUUGAUUUCUCAAGGAAAACUAAAUGUACUUGUGGACAUUUUAAUUUUUCGUGUAAAAUUUAAAUUAUAUGUUCUUGUUCUUCUCA